AUGGAGGACUACACUCUUGUAAAAGUGAAUCCCUCUGUAUCCCUCUACAAGCCAAACAACCCCACCCAAGAUGCAACCACCGCCAACCAGACACCCAAAGUCCCCAACCCGCCUUCCCUGAUCGUUCUCCUUCCAUGGAUGGGCGCAACAAAACGCCAAACAGAAAGCUACAUCCGAGGCUACAUCGCCCUCCUCGCGCCCGCGACGCCCGAAUUCCUCGUCGUCUACAGCGGCAUCUCCGACUUCGUGCAACUCUCCCCCGGCGCAGCAGCAGCAGACGAGCGGACGCUGCAGCCCGCGAUCACCGCGCUCGCCGCACACGACCCCUCAUCCGUCCUGGUGCACGUCUUCUCCAACGGCGGCGUCCGCGUCUUCUCGAAUCUGAGCCGCGCGUACCGAGCCUCGACCUCGCGCCCGCCGCACUUCACCCGGCUUGCGAUAGACAGCGCCCCUGGCCGGCUCACCUUUGGCGAGACGAUGCGCGCGGUGAGCUCAGCGCUGCCGCGGGGCCAGCCGCUCGUCAAGUGGCCGCUGUAUACCAUCCUCGCGGUGAUACUGGCGCUGUAUCUGGGGACGAACAAGGUGUUUGGGUGGCCGGAUCCGCUGCGGUAUGCGGCGGAGAGCCUGAAUGAUUUGGACGUGGUGGGUGCGGACGCGAAGCGCUGUUACUUCUACUCUCGGCGGGAUGAUAUUGUGCUGUGGAAGUUUGUGGAGGAGCAUGCGGCGGAGGCGAGGGCUAAGGGGGCGGGGGCUGUCGAGACGGUGGUGUUCGAGAAGAGUGCGCAUGUGCGGCAUGUGAUUGAGGAUGACAAGAGGUAUUGGGAUGCUAUUGCGCGGUUGUAA